AUCAUUUUGAACACAUCAGUUAUACCAAAUUCUUUCUAUCUCAAUCUCAAGAGCAAUGGAUCCAUUGCAAGAAUGCCUCAAAGCCAUACUACAGCGCCAUUUCUCGGUUGUACCGGCACGCACUAAUCGACACGACCAAUGGUACAAACGCAGCUAUCAGAGCUGGAAGAGCGAUCAUGGUGAUCAAGAACCGUUGAUCCUUGCUCCCAAGACUUCGAGGGUUGAGUGGACCCGCGAGCUGGGUACGGCAGCGAUGGAAUUCGCUAGGACAGUGAAUCGGGACGCCGAAAACAUUCACCGCAGCCAAGACUCUACAGGACAAAUAUUCCGAAACAAAGUAUUUGAGGAUGAGGUGCUCGAUACUCCGCUGGAUGUGCUAUGUCCUGGUUACGCGCGAUAUCCUCCGUUGAGGCCGGUAAUGCAAAGAACCUCAUACUGGACGGAGAGCUCGCUGCAGACCCAUGAAGAGCGACAAAUCUAUUAUCGUGCCGUGAAAGCACUGCUUUUGUGCGAACAGACGGGUCCCCUGUAUCAUCUGAUCCAGACUGCGCGUGGCCGGAUAAGAGCUACAGGCACCAUAGAAAAUUCCGUAUCUUAUCCCGCUCGUCGCGUGAACAUCGGCUGGCAGAGUCUCAUUGAUGAGAUUUUAGAACUUAUGAUUUCCCUAACAAUUCUGCGGUCUUUUCCUGAAGCUUUACCGCAUGAAGUCGCAUUAGAGAAAUGGGUACCAUUCGUCUUUGGUAGUUCAAUUGACGCACACAAUAACGCAACAACCGCGGAGAAAUUGAGAAUUUUACUUAUUCAACAGGGGAAUAUGAAUCCUACCAAUGACGGAGCUCAGAUCAUACUAUCCCAAUGUCACCGUAUACUGCCCCUAAUCCAGGCGUUGACUUUCGCUUCCGACCUGCCAGCUCUUGAUUGGAAGCAACGGUUUGUGGAUGUAUUCUUGCAUUAUGUGGGAUUUGAAUGUUGGAACCGGGAAAGAGAAGGUGAAGGAUACCUUAGAUGUGAUCUCAAUACAAGGAAGGACGCUUCAUGGUUGCAGAAAAUGGGCGAGCCUAAGGUUACACCCAGCGCGAACAUUCAAGAUGCGACCAUCAAGAAACAGAAGGACCCACUUCUCAUGCUUGAACCCAGGCACGACGAAGAACCGAAAGAAGAAGACGAUGCGAAAGAUAGGUUGGAAAAUCUGCGAAUGCUCGAAACGCAAGAGGAGGCCUAUGGGCGGAAGAGGAGUACCAAGUAUUGCAACAAGGCCCGCCACGUCUAGUCACCAGUGCCCAAACAGCGAAUUCUUUUCGAAAGAAAUAUGAUCAGGUAGCGUGUAAUGUUUGCGCUUGAUAUUAUUACAACUAGAUACGUUGUGUUCGUCCCGCUUA